AUGGCAGACAAGGCAACGCAGAGGAUCCAGGCCAUUGGCGGCCAGCUCAGCCAGACUGGUCUGCCCGCCAUCCGCCGCGUAGCGUCCGGUGCCAACGUCCCACGUGUGCAGGGCAAGGUCAUUAUCAUCACAGGUGCCAACUCGGCCAUGGGCAUUGGACGCGCCACUGCUCACCAGUACGCCGACAACGGCGCCCGCGCCAUCUACAUUUGUGACUUUGACGCAUCCAACCUCGAAAAGCACAAGAGGGAGAUCAACAGCGCCUACCCGUCUGUCGAUGUGCACGUCCGCAAGUUCGAUGCCUCCAACGAGGAGCAUGUCAAGCAGGUUGUUGACGACGCCAUGAAGCGCUACAAGCGCCUCGACGUCUUUUUUGCGAAUGCCGGUGUUGCAGGCAAGCCCUCGCUCUUCACUGACUUUGACGCCGCCGAGUUCAUGCACAUUAUGAAGGUCAACUCGCUCAGCGUCUUUCUUGCUGCCAAGUACGCCGCCCCUGCCAUGAUGGAGACUAGCGACGACAAGCCCGAGGCCAGCGGCAGCAUCAUCGGCACCGCGUCCGUAGCCGGUAUCCGCUCCAACGCUGGCUCGACACCCUACUCGGCUUCCAAGGCAGCCGUUGUAUCGCUCGCUCAGACUGUGUCUUACCAGCUUGCGGGAACUGGAGUCCGUAUCAACGCCAUCUGCCCCGGCUUGAUUGAGACCGGCAUGACUGAACAGGUUUACACCUCUGCCCGCGCCAGAGGCACCGAGAAGAAGAUUGGUCAGCUGAACCCGUUGCGCCGUGGUGGCCAUGCUGAUGAGAUUGCCCGUGUCGCCCUCUUCCUCGGCAGCGAUGAGAGCAGCUACGUCAACGGUCAGGCCUGGGCCGUGGAUGGUGGUCUGAGUGCUGGCCACCCUGUUGUCCAGGGUAAGAUUGGUUAG